UCCCAAACUCGCCCAAUGAGCGCAGCUGGCCGGCGCCACGUGACACGCAACUUUUACGUAACGCCCCGCCCCCCCCCUCUCCCGCGCCCGCUCCUGUGGGAAUAUUUCGGCGUGCUGGGUGGACUCGGUCAUGACCGCGGCAGCGCACGCGAGCGGGAGCCGCAGCGGGUGUUUGUCUCGGACACGCUUCGCACGGACGCGGCGGACGGACCUCUGACGACCGGCCCGCACAUGGGGACGGAGAGCGGGAGCGUGCGGCGGCUCGCGGCGCGGGCUUUCCAGUCGAAGAACUUGGACCCGGCGGUGGACGUCUACGAGUGCCAACCGGCGGGUCCCGGAGAUCCAGAGAGGCGGCGGGAGCUGACGGGCAAGCGGGCUGAUGCGCUCGCCUUCGGGGGCAAAGUCACCGAUGCUUUCGAGAUGUACCGACGAGCCUCGGAGAUCGAGAGGCUGAACCCGGUUCUCCUAACGAACAUCAUAGAGUACCUGUCGGCGGGUAUCGGGAGGCAAAACGGAGGCGACGGUCGAAACGGCACACCGAGGAAAGGAUGCGAGGCGGCGGGCUCCGGGUACGAAGACUUCUCCUGUCGGAUGUGUCUGAGCUUUCUGUUCGAGCCCGUGACUCUGCCGUGCGGACACUGCUUCUGUAAAAAGUGUCUGGAGAGGGAGCGGAAGGAGACGGGGCUGCCGGCCGUGUGCAAGGAGUGCCGGGACACCUCCCGGGCGGCCGACGUCCAGAGUUACCGGAUCAACGUGGUGCUCAGCAACCUGUUGGCCAAGCGGUUCCCCGCCUUGCACCGGGCCGGCGGGCUGCGGCGGGAGGGCAACGGGCUGUACGCCGAGAAGAAGCUGGAAGCCGCGCUGGAGAAGUACAACCGAGCCGUGUUGAUAGCACCCACGGACCACAUACUCUUCAGCAAUCGCUCCCAGAUCCACUCCGGCCUGAAGCGCCAUGAGAAGGCCCUGAGGGACGCCGAGGUGGCCUGCAGACUCGCGCCUCACUGGUCCAAGGCUCAUGUUCGUAAGGCGCAGGCCCUGGUGUCUCUGGGCAGGACGGAGGAGGCUCUGAGGGAGUACCUGGUCUGUCUGUCCAUAGAGCCGGACUGUAGACUGGCCAAGGCCGAGGCUCACAGGCUACUCUGCCACCUCCUGGCUCCGGUCACCAAUCAGGUCCCUGAACACAUCGCGGACUACUCCAACGCGCACACGUCUUUCAGAGCACACGUCAAGGACGGCGUCAGCCCUCCGCACCAGAUCUUCCUCAAAAGGAAGCAGAGAAGCACCGAAGAGGAGGAGGAAGAGGAUGGACAGGAGAGGCGAGAUGAUCGCAAGAGAGCAAAGUCUGAACCUGCAGAGGGGACGGACCCGCCCGGCUCUGCGGCUGGUGACGUCUUGGACCCGACAGAUCUGGAUUGUUCUCUGUGUAUGAGACUUUUCUAUGAGCCAGUGACGACGCCGUGCGGUCACACCUUCUGCCUGCGGUGUCUGGAGAGAUGUCUGGACCACAACCCCAAGUGUCCGCUCUGCAAAGAGGAGCUGUCCGAGUACCUGGUCCAGAGGCAGUUCUGUAAGACGGUACUAACGGAGAACCUGAUAUCGAAGUAUCUUCCCUCUGAGCUCAUAGAGAGACAGAAGAUCCACCAGGAUGAAAUGGCCGAGUUCUCGAAUCUUAACAAGAAUGUGCCUAUAUUCGUGUGCACCAUGGCCUUCCCCACGGUCCCGUGCCCGCUCCACAUCUUCGAGCCGUGCUACAGGCUGAUGAUUCGCCGAUGCAUGGAGACGGGGACCAACUGCUUCGGCAUGUGUCUGGAAGACAACCGCAAAGGGUUCGCCGACUACGGGUGUCUGCUGGAGAUCCGCGAUGUGAAGUUCUUCUCCGACGGCCGCUCAGUGGUGAACACCAUCGGCAGACGGAGGUUCAAAGUUGUGCAGCAGAGCGAGAGGGAUGGAUACAACACGGCCGAUAUCGAGUACCUGGAGGACCUAAAGGUGGAGGGUCAGGCGGAGCGCGAGCUGCAUGCGCUGCACGACGCGGUGUACGACCAGGCCCUGGUGUGGGUCAACACCUUGAAGGCUGAGCAGAAGGAACGCAUCGAGGGACACUUUGGAGCCAUGCCCCAGAAAGACGCUGAACCUCAGGUCAGUCCAAACGGACCCUCGUGGUGCUGGUGGCUGCUCGCCGUUCUCCCGUUGGAGGGCAGAGCCCAGCUGCCCUUCUUGGCCCUCACGUCUCUAAAAGAUCGCCUCAGGGGCAUCCGCAAGGUGCUGCUCUUCAUGGCCCACAGCCGACACCGGGGACAUUAAGCGUCCACAGCGGGAAAAUGCAGUAACCCACCCUCUCCGUGCCCGCGCACGCACGCACACACCCGCACACACACACACACACACACGCCCUCUUCCAAAGCAGCAGUUGACCUGCUGUUCUUCCUUUUUGAGGCAUAAAGGAACUGACGCUGAUCGCGUGGCACCUUCCCUCUUUGUAGCCGCUUCCCGUUCAGAACGCAGCACCGGACUCACUCACGGGUCGGCAGCACAGGGAGGGUUGAUGUGAAUGCACUGAUCUUCCAUCCACAGCAUUAUUUACUACAAAAAAAAAACUUCAGCUAUGUUCAGACAGGAAGGAAAUGGUAUUUUACAAAAACCAUAAACAACCUCAUCGUCCGUGAUAAAAGUGCAGUGUUUUUUUUUUCUUCUUAACAAUCUGUGUGUUCAUCAACAAACUACUGAUGUGACUCCGCUUGUCCAGGUUCCACUGCUGCCUUGCGGCCUUCCUCCAUUUUUGUAGUUCACGCUCUUCCUCUGGAACGCAAAACAAACCGUUUGGUUUCUCUGGCGUCUCUUCUGAACAUCGCUUUAGCUCACUCAGCCAACCAAUGUCCCCACUUUCUAUGUCUUUAAUUGUGUACAUAAGCUCUGCAAGAGGCAAAACAAUGAGUUUGCCUCACUAAAGAUAAAAAUAGUGAUUAUUCGCCCAUUACCAAGGGAGGAUCUACAGAAGAUGUGUGUACUAUUCUACCCACCUUUAAUUGAACUAACUUUUUUUUAUUGGCUGAUAUUCCUCCCAUUGUGUCUCUGUGUGACUCACACAUGAUGCAUCGGGCUAACAAAUGACUGGACCUUUUUAAAUGGUUCUUCUCUUCCUGCCGGACUUAUAUUUUGAAAUGUUUUAAUUUUUAUUUAUUUUGGAAUUAUUUAUUCUUGCAGUGACAUUGUUUACAUUUCACAGAAAAAUAAGUUUAUCUCCUUACUUUCCAAAGGCUUUUGUUUAUUUUAUUUUUUAACGUUAAACCCCGAACAUCAGCAAUAAUACUCUGCUGGCUGGAGGGUAUUAUUGCUGUGAAAUAAACACUAUUUACACAGUCAAAAAGGCAGCAUGGCUGCCACUGGAAGUUGUCCAGGACAAACUCUGGAGACUGGAGUAGAGGGCGGAUUUCCUUCCACGCCGCACAUUUUCAGAUUACUGUUGACGUGGUCAACGGCGUCUCCACGGCUGAGACACGUCCAGGUUCAGACAGAGCGACAUCUGGAUUUCUGAUACCAUUAUGUCCUUUGUAUUUAUUCGCUAUUCAUUCUGCACUUUCACUAGACGUAAGGGAAAGAACCGGUGCAAUCAGGCCUCGGGAUGUGUACUUUCACUCGAGUCAGAGUACAUAAGUAUUUGGAUUACCGCCAUUUUACAGUCAUAUCUUCUGGUGGUUUAGCCGGUAGACGCUCCGCGAUGAGUAAAGGCCAGUGCCUUCUGUAACAGGAGAUAGUGUUACACAGCAGGCUCCUUUUACGGUAGAUUUCUCCCCCUUAUGGCAAUUACUCCAUCAAAAUCACAUUUGAAUAGAACCGCAAAGCACGUAAAAGGGAAUAAAAUGAGAUAAAACACAUUUUGAACCAACAAACGUAUUUGUGAGAAAUUGAUGGUGUCUGAAGACAUUUUGAGGCCUUGCUGGUGUCUGUGAUGCGGUGGUUUGUUUCAUGGCAAGGGACACUCUGAAAGAACUAGAGAUUAUUGAGCCUCGCCUUCCAACUCUUUUAUUUAAUACACACGUGUUGGAUUUUUACAUGUUACUAUGUCAAUCGGGUUCUUUGUAUUUUAUAUGUUUCUUUACCUACUGGUGUAUCUCCUCUUAUUUUAUGUGUGUAUCAGUACAGGGAGAGUCACGUCAAGUCGUCCUCAGUUUGUAUUUUAUAUAUUGUAAGGGCCAAACCCGUUUCAUGCUAUAAAACGGAGAAACUGAUUUAAGUAUAAUUCCAAAAUAUGUUAAUAUUUUCCCAACAAUGUUUUGUUGAUAAUGUAUUGUCAGAUGGUUGCACAAUUAAACUAUCCAAUUCAAUUGGAAGGUGCUUGUCUCGGAGACACAACAAGCACGUACUGACAAAACAGAAAUGACCAACACUCUAGUUGUCUCUGCGUCAUGUAAGCAACUCUUGUCCUCUUGUUUGCUGAGAUCAUAACUGGCAACAACUAAGCUGCCCUGGUGCUCAGACUGCGUAGUAAAGGGAAAAGCCGCUAGUCAGAUACGAUCAACUCUCCAGUGUAAAAGCAUAUUACUUUUAGAGCUAAAAUCCAAUUAAAAAAACCCAUCUGUCUGUAGACACAUGAUUUUCCAUUUAUAUUUGUCCCAUCUUAAAAAAUGAAGCAUGACACCAAAGGGAUGUUUUUGUUUAAAACUGAUACCUGCGAAUUAUUGUCCAUCUGUGACCGUUCUAGUGUUCAGUUCUAGUGCCUUAAGUCGCUUUUCUUCCAUUUAAACGUUGAUGUAUAAACUGCAACGGCAACUACUGUGUGCUAAUGUUGUUCUGCGACCACUUGUGGUUCUCUAAAUAACAUCUUUGGAAAAUGUCUUCAAGAACCUGGACUGUGGCGGAGGUGUUUGUGCCAAGAUGAGUUAUAACCAAUAAGGCCAAUUAAUGCUAAGCGUUGAAAUCUUACAUAUCCAGUCUGAUCAACACACAGUAUGACAUUUUGGUAUCAGUGAGCAUAUUAAAGUUAAAUAAAUUACUGCCAGCGCCAGCAGCUGGCUAGCUUAGCUUAAAGGGACAGUUCACCCCAGAAUCAAAACAACAACACCCCUCUUACAUUGGACACACACUGGUGUGAGCAGUUUCAUGUAGGAACUAUUCAAUUUCUACAGAAACUCACACCAAAACAAUCUAAAUAGAAAAAUAGCCCUCCAGGUUAGAAGAAACCUACAUAUUUUGAUUCUGAGGGUGGAAUCUUUUUUCAAAGACACCGUGGGAUCGAAUAGACUUGUUCCCCAAACUGGCGACCACCACGCUUCGCCUCAUCCCCCGCAGUCCUGGUAGAGCCAGUUACAGCAAUUCCAAUUGCUGCUAUUUUGUGUGUUUCUACAUAUAUACGAUGAUUUCUGAGAUUGGGUUGAAUCAGGAAACAGCGCAGGUUAUAUGGCCUGCGGCGUGAAUACAGUGGCAUUUGUAUAGGUGCUUGGUUUUGAAUUCCUGGGUUUACGCCUGCCGCUGCUGACUGACGCUGUCGUCUGUGUAGCACUCCAGACUCGUGGCGCUGACACGCCGCGCUUUAAUUUCCUUUCCUUGGUGUCGGGGCGAACAGAGCACGCCACUUCCUGCGUAGCUGUAAAAUGGCUUGAGAUUUGAACGUUGCGCGCUUACCAGAAGUGCAACCUCACAGUUAUAUGUAAUCCAGCUAUGCAAAAAAAAAAAGUCCAAUGGUAGUUUAUUAACUAUUGAUAUCAUGACCUUUCAAAAUCCAACCACUGCAGUAAAAAACAAUACUUCCCGAAGUUCUUGUGUUCCUGUCAUUGUUGUGCUAAUCUGUGUUCAAAGUGAAGUGUAAUAAACAAAACAAAUAUUGUAUAUCCUCCUUCUCAACAGCCUCCAAAAUGAACCUUUCUUUGGAAUUGUGCUCAUGUUAAAUUGCACCGUCAUCAGCUUAUGCCGCUCAUGCCGAGCUGUGACUUCAAAGGCUUCUGCGUAAUGCUCUUGACACCGAUCCUAUUUGGGGAGCACUGAUUCACCUCACCCGGCAAAGUGUACGACCUCAUAUCCUCUGCUGUUUUAAGGGAGUUGACUAAAUUGUGGUGCAACGUUCAUGCUUCGUGAACUCUGAAAAAAUCUCACGGUCUUAAAGAAAAGCUUUGCCGAGCGCUCCUCAUCGUUUCAGAGAUUACAGUCGCUGCAUUACCCAGCUUCCUUCAAAGAGCUCCAAUGAAUGAAUGUAUGUAUGUGUCGGCAUCUCUCUGAUAUUCUCUGUACAUGUCUGUAUUUUUUAUGGCAAACCUUAGUAUGUAUUACUUUUGCAAAAUUAAAGCUCUGAAGAUAAAAAAUUGUGAAUUAA